AUGGCUAUUUCAGGUCGAAUUUUGUUUGUCGCUGGUAUUGCUAUUACUGCGGUUUCAGCCUUAUUUUGCGUCAUUGGCUUAGCUACAAAAGGGUGGGCAUAUGGACCACAAGGUGGUUAUGGAAUAUUUUGUAGUGGGGAUGGAUGUAAUAGAGCUCCACCUGCACUUUCCAUCAUAUCAUUUAUUCUAUUAAUUGUUACCGUUGUUGCUUUGGUCUUGCAAAUGUUGGAUAUUCUUCGCGGUAUUCUUCGUUACGUCCCAACACUCAUCUUAUUCGUUGCAACGUUCUUCCUAUUAGCAGCAUUUACAUCGUUUUUUAAAGACUCCGUGGGUUAUUCAUUCAAUCUGAUGGUAGUGGCUCAUUUCUUCUCAUACGUAGCUCUCGCUGUGAUGGCUUAUUGGCUUGGUCUAACUGAUGCAUCCUCAAAUUAA